GCUCUUUUAUAAUGAUUGGAAGAAAAAUAUAUAUGAUAUCGAUUGGAAACCAGACGAUAGUGAUAUCUGGAAGUUUGUUUCAGUUGAUGUAAAUCUCAAGGGGAUACAUGACGAAAAGUGCUUUAAGAUAACGAUGUUUUUAUCUACCGGUACUAUUCAAGUUCAAGGGGCGCGUGCGAGUCUAUUCAAAACAGAUUUCCCCAUGCUCUUGAGCAUGGACAUAGAAGAAGGAAUUACAGAGCAAGAUGACACGAUCCUUGUUGAAAAUGAACAUGAGGAUGACAUAUCAUUUCAAAGCACUGAAAUGACGCGUAAUGUAACAAAUACAAAUACAACAAACCAAGACAGAAUUAUCAAGAGACAUACACGAAAAAAACUUGACGAUAUACCAGCUAUGGCAUUCUCCCCGAUGCUUAUCAGAAAUAAAAGCAAAACUGAUCAUAUCAUUCAGGAGAAAGAAAGCGCUACUGACGGAAAGAAAAAUACAGGUGAUAAAAAUGAAUGCAUUAAGGAAAUUCCCGAAUUGAUGAAUGGCGCCAAGGAAAGUUACCAUUGUGUGUCACCCAAAGGUAAAUUAACCGACGUGGAAAGGGUAAUUUCGAAUCUGCAAACAUCACUAGUUGAACUUUCGUUAGCGUUAAAUGAGAUCAAAGAUGAAAACAUAACACUGAAACAAAACAACGAUAUGUUUCAAGAGGAGCAAAGAGAGAUGAUGUCAAGCUUGAAAUCUGCAGUGAAACUAGAAACACAGCGUAGACACAAUCAAAUAGAAACACUAGAACAUAAAUUCAAUAAAUUCACUGAUGAAUGUAACAAACGUAUAAGCGUAAAUACCAGUGAAAGCCAAAAGACUACUGCGAGGAUUUCUAAAUUAGAAAUACAAGUUCAACAAAUGCAAAUGUUAGAAGCCGCCAAGUCCGCUGAUAUGCAGACUAGAGUAGAAAACGAUAACAUCAAAGAAAAUAAGACAGAAAGUGUUAAAGGUUUAAAAACCAAGGCAGAAAUUAACGAGCUCAAAGCUAAAAUGCCAAACCAUCAAGAUGAACACAUUGAAUGUGGAGCAAAUUGCGAUAUGAAAGAAAAUAAAUCAGUACAUGAUAAUGCGGAGUUCAUGAAACUCAAGGCUAAGCAGAGAAUGAAGAACUAAAAGCUAAACUCGAAGACAUCAGCUCCCAGGUCAAAACGACCUCAGUCUACUAGUAUCCCUCAAAAUACAACUCACGAUUAUGGUUCAGAUACUCUUCUCAUACAUGAUUCCACGGGUAAAGCCAUUGACAGGAGGUUACUAUUCAGAGGUAAAAUUGUAAGCAAAACACUGGCAUACACUCUCGAAGAUGCUUGUGACACGAUUUCGUCGUCCGAUGUAACGAAACAAAGAUACAUUAUUGCAAUAGGGACAAAUAAUCUCGCAAACGGAGACUCCCUAGAGACUAUCAAUAAAGGCUACAUACGAUUAGUAGGAGCAAUAAGAGAAAAAGAUCCAAAUGCGUCUAUAUAUGUAUGCAGCCUUCUACCCAGGUAUGAUGGGUUUGAUGUUAUCCCAGUGAAUGAACAUAUCAAACAAAUGUGUCUUAAGUCCGACAUGACAAUCAUAGACACGCAUAGUGCCUUCUCCUUGAAGUCCGAGGGCACAUACAUACAACAGGGCGGUUCCCAUCCAAAUAAAAGUGGCACGAUUAAACUCGCAGCUUCAAUUCGUUCUGCAGUCCUGGGGUGGCCUACAAGAACCAAUAGACGUCCCGACCCAAACCAGAAUCACAGUCCAAGGAUGUGAAACAUGUGACACCAGUGAGUGAUGAACCUAUCUAUGUGAACGAUGCAAACAAUAUCAAUUACAAAAAACACUACCGACUCCGACAGGACAGUCUACUAGCCAUGUGUACCCACAAAUGUAUCCAAGUCCUUGGCAGGGACAAAUUCCACCGCAUCAUAUUAAUAUGCAGCAACCACAAUAUACAAAAUAUCCACAAUAUCAGUGGCAACCAAUACCAGUUCAACAUAAUCACCCAUCCCAAUACUUUGCAGGGUGGAAUGUAUAACAAAAUCUUAUAUUCUACGUAGUGUCGUUAAUGUAGCCUUGUCCCAAGUCGGUAUUUUUUACUCUAUCUGAUUUUGAAUUAUUAAAUCACCGACAUAAACAAACUGUCGGUAAAGCACGUGACUUUCUCUUUGGUACAAG